AUGCCGCUCGGAGACAUUGCUACUGCCCGCCUUGCCACUCGAGUCCAACUCUUGAAGGUCUCGUCGCCCGCCACUCGAGUCGAGGUCCCGCCCCUCGAGUCGAGGUCCCGUCCCUCGAGUCAAAGCCUCGAAGAGCACGACUGCUCCUCCGAUUGGUCGCUCUACAGGCACAUAGAUCUCUCCAAGGUAUGUGCAUUGAACGAGGCUGUUUCUGGAAGUGUGAAGUCGGUAUUCAGAGCUUGGGAGCAGCGUCUUAACUCUGCCGAGGGUCACUUGGAAAGCAAUGACGGUGAUCCUGAGUUGAUAGUCUUUAUUCCAUUUACAUCAGAUGUGAAGAUCAAGAGCAUUUCAGUUGUUGGUGGAACUGAUGGGACAAGUCCUGCAAAGAUGAGAGCAUUCAUCAAUCGGGAAGGAAUUGAUUUUUCAGAUGCUCAAAACAUGCAAGCUGUCCAGGAGUGGGAAUUAGCGGAAAAUUUGCACGGAGUCCUAGAAUACCAGACCAGAUAUUCAAAAUUUCAAAGUGUUGGAAACAUCACUCUGCAUUUCCCAGAUAACUUUGGAGGCGAUACAACUCAGAUACAUUACAUUGGGUUGAAAGGAACAGCAACUGAGCUGAAAAGGGAUGUUGUUGCCACAAUUGUGUAUGAGCUCAUGCCCAAUCCUUCAGAUCACAAAACCCGGUCGGAGACAGGGGGUGGCCUCUCACAGGUAGAGUAA